AUGAUCGACAGCGGGCACACGUGCGAAAACAUGCCAGAGACGCUGUCAUGGGCGAUUCGCACUGGCUGCGCAAACCUCAGCGGCUGGUACACCGAGAAUAGAUACUGCCAGCUGACAUGCUGGGAGCAGGGUGUCCCAUACACUGGGGACAACUGCGCGGACGGAGCGAUUCAGUCGCAGAACGUGUGCGGAUAUUACCAGGAGAAGGUCAGUUUCGAGUCAGCAAGCGCGGAGUGCGAGAGACUCGGCAUGCACGUCUGCGAGCAGGCUGUGAAUGGUACCGAAUGCGGCCACGACGGUAUUGACGUAUGGACCCCGAACACGUGCACUGUCAGCGUGGAGGUACGGGAAGACGGCAAGGUGAUGUUCCAGCUUGAUUCGAAAACGAAGCAGAAUCCGAUCCUCGUGGCGUGGGCCGACGGCUUCCCCACGUUGGGUAAUUGCUCCAGCCCGUGCAGCGAGAGCAGUUCCGGAUGCAUCUGCCCCAUCGUUGUGGAGACGCGCGCCGUCUUCGCCGCAGUCCCGAGCAGGUCGGAGCUCCUCGGCAAUGCGGCCCGCCUGCGCAUUGGCGCAUUCCCUCAGGCCUCCGCCGACUGCUUGGCACCUUGCGAUGGGGAGGUGAAGGCGUACGUAGUCGGCGGGAGUGGGAACGUUACUGAAAGCGCAGUGUUCGAGUGCGACGGGGUUUAUUACAAGAAUGCGGAGAGUGUUGUCGAGGUAGCGGGGCACAGCUUCCGCAAUCCACCCGUGUUCAUGCUCGCGAAGGAGAUCACAGGGCGGUCAGUGCGCACAGAAGAAGUAUUCGCUGAAGUUGAGGCUUUGAUGGACCACCUCUACUACCACACGAAUUUGCCGCCAUUCUUGGCAUACAGGCUUAUCCAGCGCAUGGCUUCUUGGGGCCCCCUUGGGCCGUCUUGCGGGCCUCUUGCGGGCCUCUCAGGCUGCUUUGUGGUGAUCUUUGGAGGACCCAUGGGGCUUUCUUGCAGCUUCGUAGCCCAAACAGGCAACAACCUUGUUCAGUAUCCCAUGUAA